AUGGAGUGGAACUUCCGUUGUGAUAACUUCGAAUAUAAUGGCAUGGCAAAGAGCCAAAUCAGCUCAAUGCCUCUCAAUACAUUAUGUGAGGAGAAUCGCCAGCAUGAUCCACUAGAUCACCGUUCGGUUAUGGAGCAUAACAUCUUCACUACAUCGAGUGGCAUCUCCGACUCGGCCAUGAGUGCCGAAUCAAGCUUCUAUUAUCCAUGGCUUACACAAAACCCGACGACCAACCAACUUGACCCUUACAUUGCCCAUGAUGCAGACUCUGAUGGUGGUGUACGGCUGUAUUUAACAUCUCAACAGGAUCCAUCACAGCCUCUUAUUUUCAUCCCAUAUAUAUCCAAUGGGACCAUUCUUCGGGGCUGCUCUUAUAAAAACGGACCCAUUCAAACAAAUAUUGGCAGGAAAAGUCGACUCAAGAUUGGAAAGACUUCACCUCACAAUGGGUAA